CUGCAAGAUCCAUCAAUCUUUGCUUAUGGUUGAAUUCAUUUCUUCAUGCAAGGAAUUGAAUGUUUUGUCCUUUUCCAGCUGCCUCUUUCUACCUCAGCUCAGUGCAUGCACCUAGGAGUCUGUCGCCUAUCCGGGAUGUAGGUUCGGCUUUGUAUUCAUCUACCCCUUCACCCUCGAGUCCUUUAUCAUGGCGAAGGUGGAGAUUAGGGACCGCUGCCAGCCCUAUGUUCAUUGGUUGAAGUUGCCCAACAUUUUGAGAUUUCUGUCAAUGAAGCCAAGACUAUGGAGUCUGGACACCAGUACACCACCAUAUAAAUCUCUGGUGUACAUCACUACUCGGCCAGGCCCAAUUCAGUGAAAUCAGUUUAACGACGAAAGGACGAAGAAAGAAAACAAAAAACCCUCCUUAGACCUCUAGGCUCUGUACCUUCUCUCACCUGCCACUUCCUUUCUUCUGGCUUUCUCACCAAGGAGACGGUGACCCUCUAAAAACCCAUCAAAAUAUUCUUCCAAGAUAUUAACAGAAGAAAACAAGACUUGGAAAGAUGAAUUGACGGAAUUUUCUGUAGAGAAUAUAUAAUUUAUACAAUAACCUUUCUGUACAGAAAAUUCUAACAACGCAUCUUUGCGUACGCUUUGGGGUGGUUAUAAUUGCGCGAGUAUCAGGUGUUACAAUUCUUGAAAGAAAGUAGAUUCACAUAAGUUUUUGUUGCAUUGCUUAACAAACGCCAAACAAAGUCUAUUCGAGGUGUGAAGAUCAAAACUAAUGGAAGGAUUUGGGGAUGAGAAUGCCUCAGUGGUGUCACCUGUUGCUCGAUGGGAACAUGAUGCAUGGAGGAUGUAUAGAUUUUAUCUGGAUAAGGCUACACCUCAUGCUGUCUAUAGGUGGAUUGGGACUCUUGUUAUAGUGGCUGUCUAUUGUUCACGACUUUAUUACGUUCGAGGGUUUUACAUCAUUGUUUAUGGGCUCGGGGUAUACAUAGUGAAUUUGUUAAGUGGGUUUUUGUCACUUCUGGUUGAUCCUGAACAUGCAGAUGGUCCUUUGCUUCCGACAAGUUGUUCCGAUGAAUUCAAGCCACUCAUCCGCCGGCUUCCAGAGUUCAAAUUCUGGUACUCCUUCACAAGGGCAUUCAUCAUCGCUUUUGCGAUGACAUUCUUUCCAGUGUUUGAUGUUCCUGUCGUUUGGUCUAUAUUGCUCUGUUCCUGGACUCUUCUUUUUGUCAUCACAAUGGGGUAUCAAAUUAGAUACUUGAUCAGAUACAAGUGUACCCUAUUCAACAUUGGAAAGCAGAAAUACGGUGGUAAGAAAUCAUCUGCAAGUAACAAUGUUUCCUGCAUGGCCUGAAAGCUUGGUUGGUUCAUGGGGCACUAAGACAAGGACGAGAUGGUGGAGAAAUGUAGACGUUAAACGUUUUCUUCUCGAAGGGCAUGCCUUCAUGUCAUGAUGAGCUUUAACUUGCACUUACACAUGUAAACUUCAGUUUUGCCUUGGCUUUUUUUAAUGGCAGACAUUCUGGUUUUACAAUAAAUUCGCAUGAUUGCAGACA